UGGUCUGGGAGAUACAGACCACGAGUCCUCACAGUGCUCACUUAAAGCAGCCUGCAACCCAACUCUGUGAGGGAACACUCAGCCAGGACUCAGAGGAACGGCUGCCAAACAUCAGGAGUUCUACAACAAACCCGUAGAGCAGAUCAUGUUCGUUCAGGAACCCUUGAGAUCUGUCAGUGGUCAGUAUUCAUAGCAAUCUUCUCAAUGUUGGGGAUUCAGGGUGUUGCAUGUUGACACCGACGUACAAGUGAUUGGACUGAAAGAUUUGCAAGAACAAUGGGUGGGAAACAAUCUCGUGGUUUCCCCAACAAGGACUUAAAUGAGUUGAGUCAAAGGAGGAAGAGCGCUGGCAAAGACGAUGUGCCAAGCCUGUCCUCGGCUGCUGAGAGGUUCCGCAGACAUACCACAGUGCACUUUGGUUACAGCACCCUCAGUCUUGCCAUGCGGGGGUUACACGGGACCCCCAGUGAGCUGUGGGAGCUCCGAGAAGUGCAGAAGCUAAACUUGUCCAUGAACUCCCUGUGCUCUUUGCCCCCUGCCCUGGGAACUCUGGACAAUCUGGUGGUCCUCAACUUGUGGGGAAACAACCUGUCAAGUCUUCCACCUGAGAUCGGCCUCCUGAAGAAGCUGCGGGUUCUUUUUGCGUGUCGGAAUCGCUUGAGUGAAGUGCCAGAGGAACUUGGCUCCUGCUCUUGUCUGGAGGUACUCAGUCUGGCUAACAACCAGAUCACGGGCCUUCCUGGCAGCUUGGGGUCCAUGUGCAAUCUGACCAAACUCAACCUCAGCCACAACCGCAUCGUCCACAUCCCAACAUGCGUCUACAGCAUGAAAGGACUCGUCUUCCUUCACCUGGCUUGCAAUCGUCUGGAGACCAUUGCGGACCAAAUUCAGGACUUGGUAAACUUGAAGAUCCUCAUUGUGGAGGGGAACAGCAUCCACACAUUACCUAAAACACUGUGCUUCCUGGAGUCUUUAGAACUCCUCAAUGUUGACUUCAAUGAUCUGCAAAAUGUGCCAGUGGAAAUGUACCUACUGAGCAGGCUUGGCAAGUUGGCAUGCCACCCGAUGGAUAAAGGACUCCAUAUAAUCCACAACCCCCUCCUCAAACCUAUCCAGGAGGUGCUGCAAGGGGGACUCAGUGGCCUCUAUAACUACCUCAAGCCCACGUGAGAAGCUGCUACCGUGUGUUUGUAUCUGAGGCGUGUGUCGUUACAGGACGUUGGCACAGAUCUGACCCCUAGCAUGUGGUAGUCAUGCUGCGAGUCGUCACUGUUACAACACACUGCUGGAUCAUAUUUAGAUCCCCUCACUCCAGGCAAACGACC